UCCAUGCUAAUAUUAAAAUUAAUAUUUAAAAUUUAUUUAAUCUAAAUUAAUCAAAAAUAUAAUAAAAUUAUUAUAACAAUAUUAAUAACUGUUAUAUUAAAAAUAAAAAUAUAAUUGUUAUAUUGUAAAAAGAAAAAAAUAUAACAAUAAUGUUAGCUUGUGUAUGUCGACCCGUUACAGGGUCAUUGCCAAAACACCCGGCAUCUGUGAUGCCAAUAGAUAGAUCAAAUUCUUCAGUUGUUACAAGUGAACCAAGAAUAGGUAGUUUAAAUUCAGCAUUAAGAUCAAAGGUGCCCGGCAGGCCAUCACCUGCUGAAUUAAGGGCAAUGGCAUUACGUCAACAACAACAAAUUGAUUCACAGCAUCAGCUGUUAGCUGCCAAAGAACAACGUUUACGUUUCCUUAAAGCACAAGAAGCACGUGGUGCUGCUGCUGCUGCUGAAGGUGAACGAUUACGUAGAUUAAGAGAACGUGUUGAAGCUCAAGAAUCAAAAUUAAGACGUUUAAGAGCAUUAAGGGGCCAAGUUGAUUUACAAAAAACAUAUAACGUAACAUUAAGUAAUGACUUGGACUCGAUUCGUGCACUUUUUAGUGAAAAAGAGAAAGAACUUAGUUUGGCGGUAGCAAAAGUUGAAGCUUUAACAAGACAACUUGAAGAACUUAGACGUGAUAGAAGAGGACCAUUAAAUUUAAUACCAGGAAAUGGAAACGGUCAACCAUUAUCAUCUCCUGCGGCUAGAGAAUUAGAAAAGUUACGAAGGGAAUUAAUGUACCGAAACCAAUUAUCACUUCAACAAGAUGCACGAUUACAUUUGCAACGUGAAGCUUUACAGCAACGUCAAGCAGAAUUAAGAUCAGUAGAUCAAAGAAUAUUAGAAUUACAAACACGGUUACAGCGAAAAAAGGCAUCAAAUUUAGUUCAACAACAACAACAGGCAAGUCCAAUAUUAAAUACUUUAAUAAAUCAAACACAUCAUCAGCAACAACAGCAGCAACAGCAACAACAACAUAUCCAACAACAGCAUAUCAAUCAGCAAAUAAGUCAAAAACAAUCACUUCAACAACAACAACAGCUGCAACAAAAUGCGCAACAUCAUCAACAGCAGCAGCAUCACUUGCAACAACAACAACAGCAACAUAAUCAACAACAUCAAUUACAACAACAAAAUUUGCAUCAACCUAAGAAGCAGAUUCCUUCUUUAAAUAACGUUAAUAAUAAUCAACAAUCAAAUCAUCAAUCACAAACUUUAUCAACAACAGCGCCAGCUACAACAUCUUCUUCUAUUUCAUCAUCUUCUAAUUCUAAUGUUAGUAAUCAACAAUCUAAUCAAUCUCAUCAUUCUGGUAUUCCAUUAAGUGUUAGGCCAUCAAAUAGUGUAUAUCCCUCGCAAAGAAUUUUAACACGUAGUAAUGUUGCUGCAGUUGAACCUUAUAUACAUACACCACAAAAAUCAACAAUAACAACAUCAUCUGCAACUUUACAAAAUAAUUUACUCAGUAAACAAUCAGCAGCCACCUUAAAUACAAAUCAACAAAAUCAAUUAAUUCAAGAUUUAACGAAUCUUAAAUUAAAUUUAACAAAUGUUAAUGCAAAUAUUAAUGUUAAUCAUUUAUCGUAUGCUGAAAGUGAUGAAACAAAAUUGGCUAGACAAAAAUUAGGAACUACGACAAAGGGUAAUUUGAGUUCAUCACAACAUGUACCAUCGCACCAAUUACAGCAGCAACAACAACAGCAACAUAGUCCACGUGAUUCGGCUAGUGAUUCAUCAAAUUCAGUUACAAUAACAAAAUCAAAAUUGCCUUAUAAAUCUACUUUAAAAUCAAAUUCAAAUCAAAUAUCAACCACAACAACAACUACUAAUUUAAGUCCAAAUUCAAUAACAAGCUCCAAAUCACAUUCAUCAAAUGAUGGUAUUGAUACUGAAAAUAAAUUAAAUGAUACAUCAAAUCAAAUUGAAAUAUCUAAUACAACAGUUGCAAAUAAAAAUUCAACACAAAAAUUAACAGUUCAUAGUAUACCAUUGAGUACGGCGAAUAAAUCUGUUGCAACAGCAGUAUCAACAGCAUCUACGACAACAAUACCUACAUUAGGUGGUAGUAAUACUAAUAAUAGCAAUAUCUCAUCAAAUAAUUCAACAAACAAUAGUACACGUGAUGAAAAACCUGCUGUUAAACCUAAAGCUUUACAUCAAAUUCCAUCUGGAAAUUUAGUUGUACCACCAAGAAAACCAAUUAGUAGUGUAGCACCAACUUCUAUUACUCAUACUUCAGCUAUCCCAAAAAUUGUUUCACAUAGUCCAAAAGUUAAUAAAGUUGCACCGAACAUAAUAACAUCAAUUGUGUCAUCAACGGAUUCAUCUAAUGAUAAAUCAUCACCAAGACCUGCCUUGCCACCUAAACCAAAUAAGUCUUCACCUCCAGCAGCACCUACGCACACAUCAUCAACAGCGGCAACUUCAACUACUACAGACAGUACGAUAACACCAACAACAACAGCAACCAUAGCAAAUAACAAUAACAAUAACAAUAAUAAUAAUAAUAGCAAUUUUAGUAGUAAUAGUAACAUACCACAACCAUCUGUUAUAAAUGCCAUAAAUAAAGCACCAAUAUCAGAACCAAAUGAUUCAACAAAUUCUACAACAAAUUUUCCAUCAUCUAAUCCUGAUAAUUUACCAAUUAAAGCAAAACCACUUACAAUACGUAAGCAACCAUUAUCAGAACAACCACGUUUAAAAUCACAAACAUCCGGUAUAAAACCCAUACAAUAUCAAACAAGAAGAAUUGAAAUGCCAACAGCAUUUCUUUUUCCGAAUUCAAAUGAUAAAAUUGAUAAAGGAAAUAAUAACAAUAAUAAUAAUUCAAAUAUACCAUCUAGUUCUUUACAAAAUCAACAACAACCACUUAAUCCACUUGCUAUACAACAGCAACAAAAUCAAAUACCAUCAAUACCAAGUCCGGCUAGUGCAAGUAAUACAAGUACAGCUGAUGAAACAGACCGUUCUGCUAGUUCAUCAACAUUAAAUGAAGAAGGUAAAUCACCAGAUGAUAUUAAACGACGCCUUAGACAUACAGGUACUACAAAUGAAAAUGGUAAAGUAAAAUUAACAAGACGCGUUAGUUUUGAUCCAUUGGCGCUACUAUUAGAUGCUAGUUUAGAAGGUGAAUUAGAAUUGGUUAAGAAAACUGCAAUGCAAGUAACAAAUCCAAGUGCAGCAAAUGAUGAAGGUAUCACAGCAUUACAUAAUGCGAUAUGUGCUGGUCACAUUGAAAUUGUCAAAUUCCUUGUUGAAUUUGGCUGUGAUGUUAAUGCUCAAGAUUCUGAUGGUUGGACACCACUUCAUUGUGCUGCCAGUUGUAAUAAUUUAGCAAUGGUUAAAUUUUUAGUUGAAAAUGGUGCUUGCCUAUUUGCUGCAACAUUAUCAGAUCAUGAAACACCAGCUGAAAAAUGUGAAGAAGAUGAAGAAGGUUUUGAUGGAUGCUCAGAAUAUUUAUAUAGUAUUCAAGAGAAAUUAGGAAUAUUAAAUAGUGGAGAAGUAUAUGCAGUUUUUUCAUAUGAAGCUCAACAAACUGAUGAACUUAGUUUUGUUGUAAAUGAUCGCCUAACAAUAUUAAGGAAAGGUGAUGAUGCUGAACGUGAAUGGUGGUGGGCAAAAAAUACAAAUGGAACAGAAGGUUAUGUUCCACGAAAUUUAUUAGGGCUUUAUCCUCGGGUUCCACUUCAGACAUCAAACUUCUCUGAUUAGCGAUUGUUUAAAUUUUGGGUUAGAAAAAAAUCUGGAAGAAUAAUAGGAAGACGUUAUAUUUCGAAAUAUAUAUAAAAUUACAAAACAACAAAACAAAUUAUUUAAAACAAAAAAAUAAAAACAGAAAAAAAAAAAAUAAGGAAAAAAUAGCACACAGAAGCAAAACAUUCACUCACACACACACACACAAACAUAUUGAUUUUUAUUUUAUUGUCUAAUAAUAAUAAUUAAAUAUUUUUUAAUACUAAUUAUAAUUUUGUUAUUUAUUUUUAUUCAUAAAAUAAUUUUAAACAGAAUUAAUUAGAAAUGCGCGUUAUAACAAAAAAACAAAAUAUAUUUUUACAAUAUUUUAAAAAAAAUUAAAAUAAUUUUAUUUAAUCACCAUGUUUUUUAUACAAAAAAAAAUGUUAGAAAUUUAAAAUAUUUUUGCAAAUAAGUUCCAAGUCAAAUUUAAAAUUAAAAUUUGGAGUUCUAUGCAUUUAAGCUAUGAAAAAAAACAUGUAAAUAAUUUUUUAAGAUAUUGUAAAAUAUGAGAAAAUUAAAGAAUGAAUAAAUAUUUGAAAAUAAUUUUAGCAUUCCUGUUAAAAUUAUAUUUCAAUAUAUAAAAAAAAAUAAUUAAUAAAAAUAAAGAGUUUAUGCGAUCCUUUUUAAAUGAAGGACUUUAAAUGUGACAGAUUUGAUUAGGUUACCGAAAUUUUUUAAGCAAAUUAUCCAUUUAUAUCAAUUUUUAAUGUCGAAUUUAAUAUUUUAUAUGCUUAGCUCACUUAUUUUAAAAUUAGUGAGUGCUAUUCCAAUUAAAUACUAUAAUUGUCAUUUUAAAAUAAAAAAAAAUUGUUGUUUUAAAUAAAAUAAUUUUUAUAUUAAUUAAAUACAUUUUAAAUACCCAUUGGAGGAACCCGAAAUUGCGGCCAGAAUGGAAACUAAUAUAGUACUUCAAGUUUUAAACAAAUUUUUUUAAAUUCGACAAAAAAAAAAAAAAUAAAAAAAUUUCAAUAAAUUCUAAUCAAUUUUCUUUCACAUUUUUCAUCUUUCAAAAGGAUUCCAAAAAAUCCAACAGAAAAAAGCCUUUCAGAGAAUAAUCAACUCUUAACAAAUUUCGUUAAUUGUUACUGCAAAUUUUCACUAAUAUACCAAACCUUAGGCUUUAUUUGUCAAUUUUCCUUCAAAACACCAGAGAAAUGGACAAUUUAAAACAAAAACAAACGAUUCAGACACAAACACCUUAACAAAAGUGAAUUUUUCACCCAUACGUACCGUAUGAAUGCAGUAACAAAGAAACAAAAUUGAAAAUAUGUAAAAAAAACAAACGACGCAAUAAAAUCAAAAAUAAAUAGGUAUAUAAAAAAAAAUUAAUUGAAAAUAGAAAAAUAAAAUAUAAAAAUUGUAAAAAAACAAAAA